UUGUUAUGUUUUGUAUCGUCCGCCGUUCGGUGCCUUGGUCAGUUUGUUUUUGCUCUUCGUCUUUGUGGUUUGUGUUGUGUUUUGGUGAUUAACGUGUUCCAGCUCUGCGGAAAUCAGUAUCUUAAAAUUGAAAUUUCCAAAUAAUAAUUUGACCGUCGACUAUAACUGUUUAAAAAUUUUUUCGAGAUAACGGCAUAAACCCAUUUAAAGCGCUCAAAAAGCAUAUACCAAAAGAUAACGGUUAUUGAUCUAUCUACGCAUUAUUUGGUUUCUAUGUUCUUGAGGUCAAUUCCAAAGUUCAGAGUCCAAAAUUUGUACUCGACGUUAUCGUGCGCACGGUAUACCGCGCCCUAAAGCUAGCUCAUAGCUACCGCAAAACUGUAAUGAAUCGAGAUACAAUUUAUCAUUUCGAAAAGGGAAGCAAGGAGACAACUUUCUCCUACGAUGACUCGCUACCGGCGCUGCCUCUGCCAACAUUGUCGCAAACACUUAAGAGAUACUAUGAAUCACUGAGGCCGUUUGGAACUGCUGAAGAACUGCGAAAUUCUAAGGAUAUAAUUGAGGAUUUUCGAACCGGAAUCGGCGGCAAACUGCAUGCAAUAUUGGAGGAGAAAGCAAAACAUGAAAAGAACUGGGUCGCCAAAUGGUGGGAAGAUUACGCCUAUCUCAGCUUGCGUAUGCCCUUGAUACCGUAUUGCGUAAUGGUUCAACCGUUGAUGUUCGAGACGGUUGGUUUGGAGACCAAACCGGAGAAUUUUCUGCGAGGUGCUGCCAUAUGCUGUACAAUCAAUGUUCGCUUUUGGAAACUGAUUCGUACGGAGAAGCUUCGUCCAGUUAUGAGCGCAGAUAAAAAGAUAAUUUUUUCCUCGGAUCAGUAUAGGCGACUCUUCAAUACCGUUCGAGUUCCUGGUACGGAAAUGGAUAAAAUUGUUUGUCACUUUAAAACCGAGAAGGAAGGCUGGUGCCCCUCUCACGUUUUGGUCAUCUACAAGGGAAGGAUAUUCAAAGUAGAAUCAUUCCAUGAUGAUGGGGAAGAGUUAAGCGCCCAAGACUUCCUUCUAGUGUUCCAGCAGAUUCAACACAGGGUAGAUACUGAAGAUACCAACCAGCAACCAGUGACACUUCUUACCCAUGAUGAUCGAUCUACGUGGGCUCAGAAUAGGAAACACCUGAUGGAAUUAUCAGAAAACAAUAAAAAUGCUUUACGGGACAUUGAAACAGCAACGUCGUUGUUUUCGCUGGAUACAAACUGCCCUUCGGAUUAUUCUGAUUUGGCCGUGAAAACAUUGAUCGGUGAUUUGCGGUGUAGGUGGGCUGACAAAAGUUGUGCUACUGUCUUUUUCCCGAAUGGAAAAUCAGGCUGCCUAGGUGAACACUGCUGCUACGAUGGCACAAUCUCGAUGGCGGUCAGCUUGUACGCUAUGUUAACUUUGGUCGAAGACGGUAUCCCCGAUUGGACCAUCCCAGCGAGAAAGGUGGUGACGCCCGUUGAAGUAGUUUUCGAUGUAGAUAGCAAGUUAAGCGAUGAAAUUAGUCGAAUGAAAACCGUAGCUGAUAAAAUGCAAAAUACUGUCACUGUUUCAGUAGACCAGUUUAGUGGAUAUGGUAAAGAUUAUAUGAAGUCUCGAAAAAUUCACCCAGACGCAUGGACUCAGACAGCAAUGCUUUUGGCGUACCAUCGGUUGCAUGGUAGUUUCGCGCCAACAUACGAGACCGCUAUGAUGCGUCAGUUUUAUCAGGGGCGCACGGAAACUUGCCGAUCGUGCAGCAUGGAGGCCGUGCAUUUUAUCGAAGCAAUGAAUAAUCCAAAAGAAUCUAGUAAUACCAAAGCCAGUUUGUUCAAAACAGCCGCAAACCGACAAUCGGAGUUGAUGAAUGAGGCUCGGAAAGGAAACGGCUUUGAUAGGCAUUUGUUCGCCUUGUGGUGUAUUGCCUACGAGCAGGGACUGCCCGUACCGGAGCUUUACGAUGACCCUUUGUAUAGUAAAAGCGGUGGAGGUGGCAACUUUAUCCUCUCAACCAGUACCUUAGGUUUCACGAUAAAUUGCGGAUUCGUAGCUCCGAUGUGCUUGGAUGGAUACGGCAGUUUCUACUCGAUUUUAACUGAUACGCUAUGGUCGAUGAUCACUGCCUAUAAGGACUCUGAAGUGACAAGUUGCAGGAAGCUGCAGGCUGCUUUUUUCGAGGCUAUGGAAGAUAUUAGGUACAUUUUAGAAGAGGACGCAACAGCCAAGCUGUGAAAGGUGUAGGAGUAUUCAGCAAUAUAGUCAUAUAUUGGUGCAUGGUGCAUACUCUAAUUCGAUAUGCCAUUAGGAAAACAAAGUGGUGAAAAGCUUUUAUUAGACAUAUAUUAGCGCAAUACAUCUACUUCACGUACUGGGACAUUUAACAACGA